AUGGUAGUUCAAAGGAGAUGGCUUUACAUUGCUGUGGCUGCAUCCGUCCUUAUAUCGCUUGUAGUAAUACAGCCAUUCAGCAAAUCAGACAUCAUCUUUGAUCAGCUAGCUCUUGCCAUGCAAUCAAACGCUUACAGCCAACCUACGCUAGCGCUGUUUAUUUGCGUAUUCUCAAUACCAGUGCCUCCUCUCUCUGCAUUCAUACUAGCAGUGUACAUGGCAGGGUAUGCGUAUGGCCCUGAAGGUGGUGUGCCUGCUACUACAGGUGCAUUUUUUGGUGCAUUGCUUGCGUACGGACUUGUACAGAAACUGCGUUUGGUGCCUUGGCUUAAAGUCUCCGACAGAGCCAAGCUCAAAUUUGAAGCACUGUCCAGAGCUAUUGAACAAGGCGGCUUCAAGAUGGUGUUGAUGCUGCGCCUUUCGCCUCUGCCAUGGCAAAUCACGAACCUUGUGCUAGCAUUAUGUGACAAUGUGAGCUUUAGGAUGUAUGCACUAGCUGCCUUCAUUUCGUCAUUCAAAAUCAAUGCCGAUGUAUGGUUUGGAUCACAAUUAGCCAACCUGUCUCGACCAGAUACGUCCCCUGAAGCAUUGACCAUGAAUCGCAUCAUCACAAUCAUAGGCUUUGUGGUGUCGACAAUUGCUACUUUCUCUAUAUAUAAGUUGACAAAGCAAAGAGUCAAGCAAAGCGAGGAGGAGCAGGAGCAAGCGCAUUUGCUAGGUCAACAAGAAGAAGCCUUAUCUCUGCAUGCAUAA